UCAAUUGGAAAGUCGGCAUCAAACAUGUAUUCAUCUGAAAGUGUUUACCAGAAGUUCACCCCAGCACCACCUCCUCCACUAGUGAGUGCAGUGCCGGCCACCGGAAUUCCGGCGAGUUCAACCAACCAGACAUACAGUUGGAGUGGUACUCACACCACACCUACCCUUCCACCUCGCCCUCAAGCUCCAGUUCCUUGGUCUACUGGCCUCUGUGGCUGCUGUUCUGAUGUUAAGAACUGUUGCAUAACAUGCUGGUGUCCAUGUAUUACCUUCGGCCAAAUCUCUGAAAUCAUCGAUAAAGGAUCCAGUUCUUGUGGAGCAAAUGGAGCACUCUAUGCAUUGAUCUUGUGUUUGACUGGUUGUCAGUGCUGCUACUCUUGUUUCUAUCGCUCUAAGAUGAGACAACAAUAUAAUCUUCAAAAGGAUCCUUGUGGGGAUUGCCUAGUUCAUUGUUGUUGUGAGCUAUGUGCUCUGUGCCAAGAAUACAGAGAACUUGAAAAUCACGGAUACGACAUGAAAUUAGGAUGGCAUGGUAAUGUGGAAAAGCAGAACCGUGGGAUAGCAAUGGCUCCGAUUGUGGAAGAGGGCAUGACCCGAUAGACUGAUUUAAGGAAGAAUAUCUGGUUCUGGAGGCGUCUAGUUCUUAAUUGAAAG